UUGCUCCUCACUCUUUCACUACAGCUCCACUAGGACUUACUACUUUCUUAAAAGCUCAGCAAACCACUGCAGCUGAUCUUUUUGUGUUUUGUACAUAUUUAUUACAAUAGAAAAUUAGUAAUGGCAUUUUUACCCAGAGCCAUUCUUCUGCUGCUGUCUGCAGUAGUUUGUAUUCAGCUGAGUGGAGCCAGAGGUGAAGCAAUUGACAGGUGCUGGUGUUUGAACAGUUUGAACAGAUAUGUCCCAAAAGAAGAAAUUGAAGAGUUCUCUAUUUUCCCCCGAAGAUCAAAGUGUGAAAAGGUUGAAAUCAUACUGACACUAAAACCUGUGAAUAACUCACCUGAAGGCAUCCAGCGCUGCUUGAGUCCAGAAACAAAACAAGGAAUUAACCUGCAGACUUGCUGGAAAAACAAGAACAUCAACAACAGUCCCACUUUAAAGAUAUCCAGCUGCUUCCAGAUAUAAAGCCAUAAAUGAAAGUUGCAGAAGAGCACGAGAGGACAGAAGGGGGGAUCUGGAAACUCUAGAAACCCUGUGAGUGGAAUGGCAUGCUGCCAUAUGCUCAUUCACUGGCCAAUCAGAAUCCUAGGUUUUGAUUUUUGCCUAAAACAGCUCAUGGGAAAUCACAGAAGACCUGAAAACACCCCGAGCAUUGCCAGUAACCGCCGGACGCAGAUGUUGUCGACAAAAGCAUCUGGAUUAGAUUUCACUUGUUGUAUAGCUGAAGCACUGAAAGUAUUAUUACUCCAAACUUAUUUCAAAUACUAUAUUUAAAUGGUUUUAUAACUUAACUUAUUUUAUAAUGUCAAAAGUUAAAAUGUGUUUUACUAUUUUUGUCUGACCAGGCCCUUUUAUGUAAUAUAUAAUGUUUCUUUGACAUGAAAUGUUAUAACACAUGAAACAUUUUCACAAUGGACAUUUCAUUGUACAGUUUUGUAAUAAAAGCCAAUUUAAAGUUUUGCACA